UGCGCUGGCCGGACGCUGAGGGAAGGGAGUGGAGGAGGGGCAGGUUGGCAGGAGGGUUAGCUGUUACUGCAGCUUCAGCACCGAUUCCAGGUAUGGCCUCGCUCGUGAAGAAAAUAAUCAGCACUACAAAGGCCCCUGCGCUGGGUCCCUACAGCCAAGCUGUGCUGGUGGACCGGACAAUGUACAUCGCAGGGCAGAUAGGGCUGGAACCUUCCACUGGGCAGCUUGUCUCUGGAGGGGCAAAGGAGGAAGCCAAGCAGGCUCUAAAAAACAUGGGAGAAAUCCUGAAAGCUGCAGGCUGUGACUAUGGCAAUGUUGUGAAGACUACGGUUUUGAUGGCAGACAUGAAGGACUACAAUGAUAUUAACGAUGUUUAUAAACAAUUUUUCAAGGCAAACUUCCCAGCCAGAGCAGCCUAUCAAGUUGCUGCUUUGCCCAGAGGGGCCAGAGUUGAGAUUGAAGCUAUUGCCAUUCAGGGACCUCUCCAAGAUGCUUCAGCCUGACUAUAAGUAGAAACUGGAUAUCUUACAAUGACAGUUUUAGAUUUAGUUAAUACUUCUCCCUUAUAUCUGAUUCCUACAGCUGACUAACAGCAGUUACAUACAGUUGAAAUCAGUAAACUUACUGAGGAAAGGUGCUUUCUUCAGGACUUACAGUGACUACUCUGCUGGCAAACCCUGAAACGUGCCUGAGUCCUGCUAAAAUCAGCUGAGCCAGAUUGCAGGACAGGGUCUGCCCUUUGUGGUGGUGAGUGGAUAGUCAGGUAUUGAGGUACAUACCUGGGUGAACAUAUUAGAGUUAUACUAUGGGUGAUCUGGACAUGGAAAACUAUACUGAUUUGUAAUAUUUGUAACAAUUUUAAAUCAGAAAAAAUGACAGAAAUGAGAAAACAGAACACUCGAAUUGCUUAGCAUACAUCACUUCUGAGGAAUUUUUCUGUAUUUGUUUCUGAAUUUUCUUAUUCUCUUUCUUCACAUAAUAGAUUACUCUUGGGACUUAGGUUUUUUCAUAUGUAAGCAAUUACUUAAGAAAGUUAAUGUUCAUUUCAGAAAGAAAAUUAUGCUUUUCUGAAGUAAAGUGGUACCUUUAUAAAUCAGAUGAAAAUUAAUAUCUACCUGUAACCUUUUUCAUAAUCUUUUUCAUAGCAAUUAAAUUUUGACUAUGUUUUGAUUAAAAAACAAAAAAAAAACCCUUAAAAAAUGUUUAAUGAGAAUAAAAUAUAAUUGCAACUGCAAAAA